CUCCCGGCGUCCGGCAAGCGCCCGGGCCCACGGGCCCCCUUCUCUCUGCCCCCGCGCACGCCGCCGCGCUCCGCCCCGCCACAGAGUGCCCGCCGGGCGAGAGCGGCUCCACAUCCGGAUACUGACGCUCUCAAGUUUUUUUUUUCCGGGGCACCCUAAACCACUAGUUUACAGUACUAAACGCAACCCACCGCCGUGCGGAACCGUUCAAGGUCACGCGAGCAGGUGCCCGGCCAGGGACCGGAAUGCGCACUGCCAGGCCCAUUUCCUUCUCCAAAGUCGGCGCUCGAUCUCUGCCCACCUUUGGGGGUCACCCAGCCUGACUGCGACCAGACCACCAGACCGGGAGACGCAGUCCGCCCCCCGCCCCGGUGGCCGCGCUCGGAACCGCGCCUCUGGAAGGUUCCUGAGUGACUGACGGGUGGCGGGGCUGGUGGCUCCGUGAAAGCUGGGGCGGAGCCGGCGGCGACCAGCGGCGGUGCUACGCCUCCCGGGGCCGCUCGGCCGCGCCCGCUGGCGGAAGCUGCGCUCUGCCUGCUAGAGACGCUCUGCUCAAGGGUCCCGGGCGGUGCCGCGGCCGCCUUCCGUGGCCCGCCGGCGGACGGGCCUCCCACCGCAGGACCAUGCAGCGCUUAGCGAUGCACCUGCGGAUGCUCUCCAGGGAGCUCUCCCUCUACCUGGAGCACCAAGUCCGAGUUGGGUUCUUCGGCUCGGGAGUAGGCUUAUCCCUGAUCCUGGGCUUCAGCGUCGCUUACGCCUGCUAUUACCUGAGCAGCAUUGCCAAGAAGCCCCAGUUAGUGACGGGGGGUGAGAGCUUCAGCCGCUUCCUCGAGAACCACUGUCCGGUGGUGACAGAAACGUACUACCCGACGGUCUGGUGCUGGGAGAGUCGAGGACAGACACUCCUGAGACCUUUCAUCACUUCUAAGCCCUCGGUGCAGUACAGGAAUGAACUUAUUAAAACUGCAGAUGGCGGACAAAUUUCACUGGACUGGUUUGAUAAUUGUAACAGCAAAUGUUAUAUGGAUGCCACCACCAGACCUACUAUCUUAUUGUUGCCUGGCCUCACUGGAACAAGCAAGGAAUCGUAUAUCCUUCAUAUGAUCCAUCUUAGUGAAGAAUUGGGAUACAGAUGUGUGGUUUUUAACAACAGAGGAGUGGCAGGGGAGAAUCUCUUGACACCAAGGACUUACUGUUGUGCUAACACGGAAGACCUGGAGACAGUUAUUCACCACGUGCACAGUCUGUACCCUUCUGCUCCUUUCCUGGCAGCAGGGGUGUCGAUGGGAGGAAUGCUGCUUUUGAAUUACCUGGGCAAAAUUGGGCCAAAAACUCCUUUGAAGGCAGCUGCAACUUUUUCAGUUGGUUGGAAUACUUUUGCUUGCUCUGAGUCAUUGGAGAAACCACUCAACUGGCUGCUUUUUAAUUACUACUUGACAACUUGCCUCCAGUCUUCCGUUAAUAAACACCGGCAUAUGUUUGUGAAACAAAUCGACAUGGACCAUGUCAUGAAGGCUAAAUCCAUCAGAGAGUUUGAUAAGCGAUUCACUUCAGUCAUGUUUGGAUACCAAACUAUUGAUGAUUAUUAUACUGAUGCCAGCCCGAAUCGUAGACUGAAAUCAGUAGGAAUUCCAGUGUUGUGUCUGAAUUCUGUGGAUGAUGUUUUCUCACCAAGUCAUGCUAUUCCAGUUGCAACUGCCAGGCAAAACCCUAAUGUUGCUUUGGUCCUUACUUCUUAUGGAGGCCAUAUUGGUUUUCUGGAGGGAAUCUGGCCAAGGCAGUCCACUUACAUGGAUCGAGUCUUCAAGCAGUUUGUGCAGGCCAUGGUUGAGCAUGGACAUGAACUCUCAAGCAUGUAGCUCUUCAGGUGCAUUUUGUCUGAACCACCAUAUAAAGGCAGCUCAGCUUAGUGCACAAAUCUUAACUACUGUAUAUAAAGCAGAUACGCCAGCAGGUGGUGAAGAGGUCCAGAAUGACAUGCAAAAACUACUUGUUUGGGGAAACAAAACAACUUUGUAGCAAGAAAUGAAAUAUAGAUUUAAAUUGUAACUUAUGUAGAUUUUAUUUUUACUAUGCCUUACCAAGUAUGACCUUAAAUAAAGUAGUCAAACAUGGAAUUGCACUUAACCAAAACUAUUGUGUAAAAAAGAUUUUAAUUCCUCAGGGUUUUAAUUUAGGCUGGUAUUUUUUUAGAUUACUCAUUUUAGGUGACUUAAUGGUACUUUAAUAACUGUUAAGAGACUUUGGUUAUUUGAAUGUAAGUUAUAAGUUGGCACAUUCCUAAGGGUAUUUAUACCUAAUGAUGAUAAUGUGAAAACUGAAAUAAGAUAAAAUACAAUGCGCUAAAAUCUUUUAUGUAUUCUAACUUUAAAAGGCAAAUGCGACAAUGUUAGACUGAGGUCUAUACAUGCUCUUUUAUUCUGAUAAUAAUAAAUUAAGGCUGAUUUAUGUUUUAUAAUGAUUAUAGUUUACAUGCUUAUUUUUAAAAUAGUAUAUGUGCAUACAUAUAUAUCAAUAUAUUAAAAUAAAUUCUAUCAUUUUAAA